AUGAAAAACCUACAUGUUCAAGCGAACACUCUAUUAAAAAAUGGGAGGCGCUACCGCCAUACCAGCCAGGCUUCCUCCAUACCGGCCUCCGCUCAUGCCACACUCUCCGCCUAUCUUCCGUCUACCUUAGCAGAUUCUUACUAUCUAUUAUUUUAA